UGCUUCUCUCCUCCUCCUUUUGUCUCCUUGACACUCCGUCCCUCCGUCCCUCCUCCCCUCCUCCUCCCCUCCUCUCUCUUCCUGAUCUCCUCCGGUCAGUCUCUACCACCCUCUUUCCCAUCCCUCGGCCUUGCAUCUGUUAUCGCCGACCGUCCCGAGUACUCCGCCGGGGAUAGAUUCUCCCACCAUCACCAUGAAGCCCCCGACCUCCUCGCUACUGAGGCUUCUCUUCCUGCUCGCGGCCCCCCUCUGCUCCCACGCUGCCGCCGACUCCUCCGGCUCCAAGGAUGCCCUCGCUCCCUGUGUCCUCCGUUCCCCGACAACCGGUCUCUUCUACGAUCUAAAUACCAUUUCCUUAUCUCCGCUCCCAGCCAACGGCGAGAAGUCUCGCAAGAACGCUCGCGAAGAGAGCUGGCACGCCAAGGGGCAUGACUACAAUGCAAACUUCACGAUAAACAUCUGCGCGCCGGUCGUCGAGGAUGUCAAGGACGUCGUGGGGGUCGAUCGCGCACGGUGGGCGAAUGUGAGCGCCUACUACGAGAAGGAGGGCAAAGUAUACUCUGUUGGGCAACAAGCAUCCGACCCCUUCUUCCGCGGCCGCAAACUGGUCAUGAACUAUACCAAUGGCUCCCCGUGUGCGGGGGACUACAUCGGCAACGCCGCCCGCACCAAGUCCUCCAUCAUGUCGUUCCUGUGUGAACGCGACACCCCGGCCUCCCAGGCCACCGUCUCCUUCGUCGGCACCAUGGACCAGUGCACGUACUUCUUCGAGGUCCGCAGCUCCGCCGCCUGUGGAGCCACCGCUCCGACUCCCGAGAACCCGGGCCUAUCGCCAGCCGGUGUGUUUGGCGUGAUUGCGUUGAUCGCCGUGGCCGCAUACCUAAUCGGGGGCUGUGCGUAUCAACGAACCGUCAUGCACCAGCGCGGUUGGAGACAGUGUCCCAACUACAGUCUCUGGGCCGGCAUGCUCGACUUUAUCAAAGACAUGCUCAUCAUCCUCCCCUCCUCCCUAGCCCGUCUCUUCCGUCUCAAACGCGCCCCCGCCCUAGGCCUCGGCACCGGUCACGGCCACGCCCGCGGAAACAGCGCUAACCAGCGCGGCAGCUUCGGCCGCAGAGGUGCUGGGGACAUCGAUGCCGAGAAUCGCCUGAUAGACCAGUAUGAUGAGGAAUGGGAGGAUUGAUCCAUCAUUCAUCUGUUGAUUGAUUGAUGAUUGCUUUUUUUUUUGUUUGUUAGUUUGUUUCUUUGAUUGGUUGUUGGUUGUUGUUGGUUUUGGUUUGCGCUAUACUACAUCAUACCCUUUUCGUUCUUUGCUUUCCCUUUCGCUUUCUACUUGGAUGAGGUUGUGGAUGGUAUGUUAUGGUAUGGUGAUGAUGUUUGUCUUUGGGUUUGGGUUUGUAUUGUUAUUGUUACUGGUAUUUGUACCGGUACUCGCAUAAAAGAAGCGCUGACAGACAGGCAUGGAUGUGAUGUGACGCGACGUGAUUGAAUCGAUGCGAUGAGAUGUGAUGAUGCGUGGCUCGGUAUACAAUUACAUAUGUACUGUCUUGCA